AUGGCGCCCCUCGAAGUGCUUAUGGUGGGAACGGGGGAGUACACCACCGGCUUCGUCGGCGGAGGUGCGUCGACUUCAGACAAGAAGGUGGGCGUCGUAGGAUUGACGCUGUUCGAUCUGCGCCGGCGCGGGAAGGUGGGAAACCUGAGCAUGGUGGGCGUGUCAGGCGACAAGUUCCCGGCCAUUCGUCAGCAUCUUGAGAAGAACAUCUCGCAAGCGUACAAUGGCCUGGACGUGUCCUUCUCCGAGUUCCCCAAGGAAGGAAAGCGCGACCCCGACGCGUACAAGGAAGCCAUCGACGCGCUACCCAAGGGCAGUGCCAUCACCAUCUUCACGCCCGAUACGACCCACUACCCAAUAGCCCUGUAUGCCAUCGAGCGAGGACACCACGUCCUGGUCACAAAGCCCGCUGUGAAGCUGCUUGAGCACCACCAGAAACUGCUCGAGGCCGCCAAGAAGAACAAUGUUUUCGUGUACGUGGAGCACCACAAGCGAUUCGACCCCGCAUACGCCGAUGCACGUUUCCGAGCCACAAAGCUGGGCGACUUCAAUUACUUUUACUCGUACAUGUCUCAGCCGAAGAGCCAAUUGGAGACCUUCAAGGCAUGGGCCGGCAAGGACAGUGAUAUCUCAUACUAUCUCAACUCCCAUCACAUCGACGUCAAUGAGUCCAUGGUACCAGACUUCAAGCCCGUCAGGGUCAUGGGCAGUGCCGCAAAGGGUAUUGCAACCGACCUUGGCUGUGACCCUGCCACUGAAGAUACUAUUACGCUUCUGGUCGAUUGGGUGAAGAAGGAUGACCCCAGCAGGCGUGCAACUGGUGUCUACACUGCCGGCUGGGCAGCGCCACAAAAGGCCGGUGUCCACUCGAAUCAGUAUUUCCACUACAUGGCCAGCAAAGGAGAGGUCCGGAUCAACCAGGCAAAGCGCGGCUACGAUGUUACUGACGACGACACUGGCCUUCUGUGGUACAACCCUUUUUACAUGAAGUACGCCCCUGACGAGGAAGGCAACUUCGCCGGUCAGACUGGAUACGGCUACAUCUCAUUCGAGAAGUUCGUGGAUGCGGUCAAUCAGCUAAACGAGGGCAAGGUCACGCUCGAGCAACUGGAUGGCCGCCCAAUUCCUACCCUAAAGAACACCAUUGCGACGACCGCCAUUCUGGAGGCUGGUCGAAGAUCGCUGGACGAGAACAGGCCGAUCGAAAUCGUCGAGGAGAACGGCACGUGGUCACUGAAGUAG